UCCAGGUCGCCAUCAUCCGCUGCCUGAGGUGCGCCCGCGCCGAAGAGCUGACCUCGACCGACGACCCGAGCCUCUCUGGCAUGGUCCAGAUCGGCACCAACAUUUACUAUUGCAACCGUUGCGCAAAGAUGGUUGGCUACACGUGAAGGGUGUUCCCAAAGGGGGGACGCUUGGAAACGAAGACGACGGACGGACGGACGGUGAUGGAACCAGGGGUUUCCUGGGGCAGAAUGGAAGAAGUCUUCCCCUGGGCAAAAACACCAUGGUUAACCGCCGAACGCCGAACGUCGCAGCCAUCAGUUUUCUGCCUUCGAUGGGCGGCCUCGCGCUGCAAGAUCCCGGACGAUCUCGUUCGUCUCACAAAUAUGAGAUGUGGCGGGAACAAGGACCCCUGGAUCGUGCGGCGGCCUCAGAACCCCGGCAACACCUGCAUUUCCGGAUUGCCGGACCCGCCAGCCUUUUCGGCCGUCCGAGGUUGGGUCGCAAGCCGCAGGCAUUUGCUUGUCGCCGGCCUCCUCCGGCUGCUCCGGCUCCUCCGCCUCGGCAGUCUUGGCUAAACACCCCUGGCGAAACAACCUGUUUGGCAACUAUCUAUCAAGUCGGGGCGUCGACAAGAGCGCCGGUUGUGUCGCAAAACCCUCCGCUCCCCUUCCCUCUCCACACCACAACGCGACACCACAUCGAAUCGACAGCCAGGGCCCUCAAUCUCCCUUCUUGCAGCGCGGUAUCAUCAUCGUGCGUCAGGCCGCUGCAGGCUUUGGACCCCGGACACCCCAUUGGGCAGCACGACUCGCCCCAACUUGCAACAUCACCUUUUCCGCCAAUGGUGGGGUUUCUUUCUUUCCCCUCCUGUGUUUGUUCUCUUUUUUCCUUUCUUUCUUUUCUACUCGAGCGCUAGGGUAUUUGUGGGUUGGCCUGUUGUAUUUGGGUUGUGAUCUUUCAGCGACGGCGUCUUUGGGAAAGGGGCGGGGGGAAGGGACAUCACCAAAAAAAACGGGGCGGACGGAAUACAUGGAACGGCAGCACUUGCGGGCGCCACGGGAUACCAACACUAUCGGGCAACGUUUUGGGUCGGGUUGUGAGCAUGCGGGAUUAUGGAUACGCUAUACCACC